UCCACUGCCCAGACGAACAAUAGCCUUUCCUCGCACUCGCCCCUCUGCAUUUACCACUUUGCCCUUCGUCGGCGGCGACGACCACCCGCCGCCGCGUCCGGCGAAACAACCGGCUGUAGGUCCAAAGUAGUACCUCAUGGCGGCCAUAUCGUCGCUUCCCUUCGCGGCGCUGCGGGGAGCCUCCGAGUGGAGGCCGUCGUCGACGGCGGCGGCCGUUUCCGGCGCCGUCGUGCUUAGCGCGAGGUCUCGCCGGGGCUCGCGCUCGGUGGUGCGCUGCGUUGCCACGGCGGGUGAUGUCCCACCUACUGUGGCAGAAACAAAGCUGAACUUCCUUAAGUCAUACAAACGCCCAAUCCCGAGCAUUUACAGUACAGUCUUACAAGAACUUUUGGUGCAGCAACACCUGAUGAGAUACAAAAGAACCUAUCAGUAUGAUCCUGUGUUUGGUCUUGGCUUCGUCACUGUCUAUGAUCAGCUCAUGGAAGGGUACCCCAGCAAUGAGGACAGGGAUUCCAUCUUCAGGGCAUAUAUAACAGCAUUAAAUGAAGAUCCUACUCAAUACAGAGCUGAUGCACUAAAGAUGGAAGAGUGGGCACGUUCCCAGAAUGCUAGUUCCUUAGUUGAUUUUUCUUCCAGAGAUGGAGAAAUUGAGGCCAUUCUGAAAGAUAUAUCAGAAAGGGCCAAGGGUAAGGGAAACUUCAGCUACAGCCGAUUCUUUGCAGUUGGCUUGUUCCGUUUGCUUGAGCUUGCAAAUGCAACGGAGCCAACAGUACUAGACAAGCUUUGCACUGCACUAAACGUCAGUAAAAGAAGUGUGGAUAGGGACCUUGAUGUUUACCGUAACAUACUCUCAAAGUUGGUUCAAGCCAAGGAACUUCUCAAGGAAUACGUGGAUAGGGAAAAGAAGAAGAGAGAAGAAAGAUCAGAAACCCCGAAGCCGAAUGAAGCUGUCACAAAAUUUGAUGGAAACCUUUAUUCCAUGAGGCAUUAGAUCAGCCCUUGCAGAGGAGAGUUUCCCACGAUAACAGAAUUAACAGUAACAUAUGAACCAUGUUGAGAAACUACCAAAUAUUCCCCUUUCAUCACAGACAUCUUUGGCUGCUCGUCGUGUGGUGUAGCAUUCUGCCGUACAAAAGGAUCCAGAUUAUUCUUACUAUUGGACAGAAAUUUGUAUUUUCUCAUGUGUCUUGAAAUCAGAUGUAUUCGUUUUCUCUGCUAGUCCGACAGUAUAUGAAGAGAUAUGUGGGGGUCAAUGUUACUCCUAAGCAGAGAAAUAUAGCUUUCUCUUUUGUAUUUCAAUGGAGAUUUGAGAGGUUGUGUUCACUUAUAUAUUUGUGGCAUCCAUGAAAUCAGUUGAUGUGUUCUUUA